UUCAUUGGAAUAAAAAAACACAUUUAUAAAGGAAAAUAUGUUCUAUACUUCAGUGGAUUCCUGAAUCGGGGUGGGAAAAUGAACAAUGAACGACUUGUCCGACUGUUUGCGAUCUAGGUGUUGUGGUUCUAUGAGCAGCCGCUCGCGCCUCGGCAACGGCGUGAACGCGCACGUCAGCCUGGCUCGCUGCAGAGCCUCUGCUUGCACGAUUCAUCGCGGGGAUGGCGCUGACAGGGAGAGGCGACGCGCGGCCACUUUUACUGGCCUAAAUGGAUGACACGGUCAUGUGAAAUUCCAUUCUUACGGCUGGAAAACCAAUCAGCCCCCCCCCCCCCCCCCCCAAAAAAAAAAAACUCCAAAAAAGCCGAGAGUCUGUGGACGACGGGGAACGUUUUUACUGAUGGAAUUCCCAGUUGCUGCUCGAUGGAGAAACCGACAGGGUGGACUCGUUUUAAAUAAUUAAAAACGACAUCUGCUGCUGCUGCUGCUAAAAAAAAAAAAAAAAAAAAAAAUUACAUAAAAUUAGAAGGAAACAUGCAUCUGCACCAGGUGCUGACGGGAGCGGUGAACCCCGGGGAUUGCUGCUACUCGGUGGGAAGCGUCAAUGACGUUCCGUUCACGUCCUAUGGCUCAGGUUGUGAUGUGGUGAUCUUGGCUAGUGACUUCGAGUGUGUGCAGAUAAUCCCAGGAGCUCAGAAUGGGAACAUUCAGGUGGGCUGUGUGGAGUGCUCCCAUCAGCUUGGCAGGAUUGCUGCCUCCUACGGAAACACAGUCUGCAUCUUUGAACCUCUCUCUACCAACCCAAAUAAACGCCACAAGCAGCUUAACUAUCAGUGGCAAAAGACAGGGCAGUUCUUCCUUGAUGCCAUCACCUACAACCUGGCCUGGGACCCACAGGGGAACCGUAUCCUAGCAGCGACCGAGCGCCUCCAGCUGUGGGCUCCACCGCUGGCAGACGCCCUAAUCGAGGAGGAGGAUGGCCAGGCGACUGAGGACAAGCCCCAUCCCGUUCUUAAUGACUGGAAUUGUGUCUGGCAGUGCAAGACUGCCGCAUCUGUGCACGUUGCCAAGUGGUCCCCUGAUGGAGAGUACUUCGCAACAGUUGGAAAGGAUGACUGUUUACUCAAAGUGUGGUAUCCCACCACGGGCUGGCGUUCUGCAGUGGUAGUCCAGGACCCUUCAGAUAAGAAACCAGCCGCUGUUCACUUCUCGUUUGUUUACCUGGCCCAUCCCCGCUCGGUCACCGGUAUAUCUUGGAGGAAGACCAGCAAGUACAUGCCAAAGGGUUCCGUGUGCGAUGUUUUGCUGACCUCCUGUGAGGAUGGCGUGUGUAGGCUGUGGUCUGAGACCCUCCUUCCUGAGGACAGCUUGCUUGGGGGGCAAAUAUCGGAGAACACGCACUCUUUUAGCUCCAGUUUGCCAGGCUUAGCAGGCAAUAAGGACAAGAUCCAGCAUGCUUUAGAGUCUAUUCACCACCUAAAGCAUCUGCGUCGGGGAAGACGACGAUCAUCUGCUUUGGUAGCUCACAGUGAGCUGCUCCCCUCUCAGCUUGGCACACAGGACGCGCACACUCACCGCCACAUUGCUCAUCAUGCCAACGCCUUGUGUCACUUCCACAUCUCAGCCAGUAUUAAUCCCAACACAGACAUCCCAUCAAUGCUGGCAGACUCUGCACUCUUCAACGCAGAUGAUGGCACCGGGGCGGGAGGAUUUGUGGUUCACUGGCUCAAUAAUAAAGACCUGAGCUUCACCUGCUCCAUGGAUCUUUUCAUGCUACAGCUCCGCAGGUUCUCUGAACAGCAGCUAGACCAUGCAACAGAAGACCCCCUGGACCCCGAAGGAUCCCCUUUGAAGUUUGACUAUGACCUGGAUGAGAUGUCUGAAAAAGCCUCAUCUGAGCUUGGAGAGGAAGGUGAGCCGGUGGAGCAGGGAAGUACAAAGGCAUCCUCGCCAGGAUCCAGCUCUAGCUUGCCUUUGCCCUCAAUGCUGCUAGAGAGGAAGCUGGAGAUUCUAAUCACAGAGUGGAAUAAGAGUCCUGACAUGCUGUUCACCAUCCACCCGACCGACGGCUCUUUCCUUGUUUGGCAUAUAAAGUACUUGGAUGAAUUCAACCAGGGCAUCUUCAGACAGGUUCAGGUGUCCUUUUCCUCCCGUAUCCCAGUGGCAUUUCCUACAGGUGAUGCCAACUCUCUGAGUAAAAACAUCCUGAUGUAUGCCUGUACGUUGACCGAGAGGGAGAGUUCCAGGGCAGGCGAGCAGGGGAGGAUGGUUCAAGAUGUCUCUCACUCUGCCUCAGCCUCGACUGGCCUUGGUUCACUUGCCUUGGCCCCUUCUUAUAACCCCAAUCUUGGCAUCAGUCCUGCUGUCAUGAUGGUCUCAAAGCAUGUCGAUGGAUCGCUUAACCAGUGGGCUGUGACAUUCGCUGAGCGCUCUGCAUUCUCCAAUGUAUUGACCGUGUCCCACAAAUUUCGCUAUUGUGGCCACCGUUUCCAUCUGAAUGACCAAGCCUGUCACACAGUGCUGCCUCUGCUGCUCACGUCCUCACACCAUAAUGCACUUCUUACACCUCCCUCGGCUCCUGGCAGCAUGGAUGGAGAACAACCUCCUACCUUUCCCCUUCCAAAGGGACUUCCUAGGAAGCAGCUUCGCAAUGCAGCAACAAGGACCUUCCAUGACCCCAAUGCCAUCUACAGUGAACUCAUCCUGUGGCGAGUGGAUCACAUUGGACCCCUGUCAUGCACUGGAGGCGUCUCUGAACUGGCUCGAAUCAACUCUCUGCACACCUCUGCUUUUAGCAAUGUUGCUUGGCUACCUUCACUUGUCCCCAGCUAUGUACUAGGAACGUACUGUAAUAGUGCCAGUGCCUGCUUUGUGGCAUCAGAUGGUAAGAACCUUCGUCUCUAUCAAGCUGUGGUGGAUGCCAGAAAGCUACUAGAUGAACUGUCAGAUCCGGAAACAUCUAAACUAGUUGGCGAAGUGUUCAACAUUGUCAGCCAGCAGUCCACCGCCAGACCUGGCUGUAUCAUAGAGCUAGAUGUCAUUACAAACCAGUGUGGUGCCAAUACCCAGCUGCUGCAUGUCUUCCAAGAGGACUUCAUUCUCGGUUACAAACCUCAAAAGGAACCAGACACACACUCAACUGCUUUUCCAUCUGGUGAAGAUUACCAACCUCCUCCAUUUUCUGAGAAGUUUUUCCUGGUGGUGAUAGAAAAGGAUCUCAACAGGAACUCUGUGCUACAAAUGUGGCACCUGCACCUCCAGUCUGUCCAGGCCUGCGUCGAUGACCAGAACCAAGAUUCUAGGUUCCAGAGCCAGUUAAUGGUUCCCAAUCAAGUUGUGAAUGCUGACUCAUCUCCAGAGACCUCCCCUAUCAGGCCGCUUCCCCGCUCAGCCUCCACGGUCAACUUGCAGUCAGCCAGCAAACUCAUCCUCAGUUCCAAACUGGUGUACAGCAAGCGACUAGACCUGCCCCACGGGGUAGAGGUGACCAGAGCCACACCGUCUGCUGGCCAUCUCAGUUCCUCCUCUAUCUACCCUGUGUGCCUGGCUCCGUAUCUGAUUGUGACUACCUGCUCUGACUCUCGAGUGCGAUUCUGGCGCUGUGCCGUAGAGGGUGAUCACGGAGAUAGUGACGGUGACCAGGACAAGCGGAUGUACCGCUGGGAGCCGUGGGCUCUAAUGAACGAGGAGGAAGACAACAACAGCGCUGUGUUUGUGUCGGGGAGGCCUGUUGCCGUGUCGUGCUCCUACAUUGGUAGGCUGGCUGUGGCUUUUAAACAGCCACGUCAAGGACAGAUUUCUGGAAAAGAGUUCUCCAUGCAUGUGUCUAUAUAUGAGUGUGAAUCAACUGGUGGUUCAGAGUGGGUUUUGGAGCAAACGCUGCACUUGGAAGAGUUUAACAGACCCUCGUCAACCUUGGACCCAAGAGUCAGCGUGGACUCCAACCUCUUUGUUUACAGCCGAUCGGACCUUUACAUGAGCAGAGACCACAACUCACCCAACAUCAAGCAUUACGUCCACCUGGAUUGGUUGUCAAAAGAAGAUGGCUCUCACAUCCUUACUGUGGGGGUUGGCUCCAACAUUCUCAUGUACGGUCGAAUCUCUGGCAUGGUCAAUGAGCAGACAAGCAGCAAAGAGGGUGUGGCCGUCAUCACCCUUCCUCUAGGGGGCAGUAUCAAACAGGGGAUCCGCUCUCGCUGGAUCCUACUAAGGGCUGUGGAUCUCCUGUCUUCUGUGGAUGGCACCCCUUCUCUGCCGGUCUCACUCUCCUGGGUGAGGGAUGGCAUCUUGGUAGUGGGCAUGGACUGUGAGAUGCACGUGUAUGCCCAGUGGCACCAGGACAAGAAGCCUGGUGAGGGAGAAGAGGGCAACCUGUCAUCUGUAGACAUUGCUGGAGGUCAAACCACAGCUUCUUCCUCAGUCUUUGAGGGGAGAGCCAGGUCUAAGAGUGUGUUUGAAGGGAGCACCGCAGUGGAUGAGGCACUACGUGCCCCGGCAGGACUUCAAGAGGGUGGACUUUUUGAGGCAGCGCACUCCCUCUCGCCAACUCUACCGCAGUAUCACCCCACCCAGCUGCUUGAGCUCAUGGAUUUGGGAAAGGUUCGUCGUGCCAAGGCCAUCCUCGCUCAUUUGGUGAAGUGUAUCGCUGGCGAGGUCGCUGUAGUGAGGGAUGUGGAGGCCGGUGAGGGCGGAGCCAGGAGACAUCUGUCCCGAACCAUCAGUGUGACUGGCAGCACGGCAAAAGACACCAUUGUGGCCGGUCGUGACGGAGGGAGAGAUUACACCGAAAUCAACUCCAUCCCCCCGCUGCCUCUCUACGCGCUCAUGUUGGCUGAUGAAGAUACUACUACCUUCAAGGGGACAGAGGAAGCUGUCAAAGGACCCAAAGUGGCCAAUGGUGAGGCAGGGCACUUGUCUACUGAAGACCAGUACGCUGACCUCUUCCAGGUGCCAACAGUCACCACAGAUGACUUUGUGAACUUCGCCACUGACAAACCAGAGAAGAAGUCUCGCGUUAUCAACCUCUCGCAAUACGGUCCUGCCUACUUUGGACCAGAGCAUGCACAGGUGUUGUCCAGUCACCUUAUGCACUCCAGCCUCCCUGGACUAACCCGACUUGAGCAGAUGUUCUUGGUGGCCCUGGCUGACACGGUGGCAACCACAAGCGCUGAGGUCACCAGUUCCACUGACCAACAAUACACAGGAGGCGAGGCUCUGGAUGAGUGUGGACUUAGGUACCUGCUGGCCAUGCGUCUUCAUACUUGCCUGCUCACCUCUCUGCCCCCACUUUACCGCAUGCAGCUUCUUCACCAGGGUCUGUCAACAUGCCACUUUGCCUGGGCCUUUCACUCUGAGGCAGAGGAGGAGCUGCUGAAUAUGAUUCCAGCCAUGCAGAGAGGUGACCUGCAGUGGUCUGAGCUCCGAGCGGUUGGUGUCGGUUGGUGGAUACGUAACAUCAACACCUUGCGGAAAAUGGUGGAGAAGUUGGGCAAAGCGGCAUUCCAGAGACACAAUGACCCUUUAGAUGCUGCACUCUUCUACCUGGCCAUGAAGAAAAAGGCUGUCCUGUGGGGACUCUUCAGGUCCCAACAUGACGAGAAGAUGACUCAGUUCUUCAAGAAUAAUUUCACCGAAGACCGUUGGCGAAAGGCAGCUCUAAAAAAUGCUUUCUCCCUGCUUGGAAAGCAGCGCUUUGAACAGUCGGCCGCCUUCUUCUUGCUGGCUGGAUCACUCAAAGAUGCGAUAGAGGUGUUGAUGGAAAAGAUGGAGGAUCUCCAGUUAGCCAUGAUAGUCGCGAGGCUGUAUGAAGCUGACUUUGAGAACUCAUCCACCUGCCAAGGCCUCCUUUAUGAGAAGGUUCUUGGUUGUAACAGGGACGGAAGUCGUUACCACUGUUCGAGACUUCACCCUGACCCGUUCCUGCGCAGCAUAGCGUACUGGAUAUUGAAGGAUUACACCCAAGCCUUGGACACACUUUUAGAGCGAAUCCCCAAAGAUGAUGACGAUAACCGCGAUGUGAUGGUCAAAUCUUGCAACCCCGUGGUUUUCAGUUUCUACAACUAUCUAAGAACUCACCCGCUCAUCAUCCGGCGGCACUUUGCGAGUUCAGAGGGUAGAGCCGCCACUGUGGGUCUCACUGCAGAAAAGAGCAGUGCAGAUGAGAUCAACCUUAUAGAGCGCAAAUUGUUCUUCACCACAGCAAAUGCACACUUCAAGGUUGGCUGUCCAGUUCUUGCCCUGGAGGUUCUCUCCAAAAUCCCCAAAGUUAGCAAGAAAUCAGGCUCAUCUCCCCUCAGCAAGGCUUCAUCCAAGGCCAACGUAAACUCAACCCAGCCACUGGAACGGAGCGUAGGUCUGGACUGGGCUUCACCUGCUCCCCCUGCAUGGGGAGGAAAUGAAAGUGCCGGCCGCGUGGACUGGAGCCAACCCGUGGCCAAGUUGGAGGACGAUGAGCUCAAGCUCGACUGGGGGGAGGACAAGGAAGAUGAUGAAGACGACGACGAGGAUUGUCUAACUAUGAAGAAACUUGAAAUUGAGAUGAAAGUGGAGGGAACUUUUGAAUCUAAGAUGCAGAGAGAUGACUCGCAGGGUGAAUCUGAGGUGGAUGUGAUAGCGGAGCAGCUGAAGUUCCGUGCUUGUCUAAAAAUUCUAAUGACAGAGCUGCGGACACUAGCCACAGGCUUCGAGGUGGAUGGAGGCAAACUUCGUUUUCAGCUCUACAGCUGGCUAGAAAAGGAGAUCGCAGCCAUGCAUAACAUCUGCAACUACAAGGUAGAUGGGAAGGGGCAAGAGUCAGAGGCAGACCACUGGGCAGACCGAGCAGCUUCAGUGGAUAUAUCGGAUGACACGUUGGAGAGAAUGGACGCUUGUGCCUAUGAGCGUCACCAAAUGGAGCGGCGGCGUCUUCAGGCUAAGCAGCAGCAUUCAGAGAGGCGCAAGGCUUGGCUGAGGAAGAACCAGGCUCUGCUCAGGGUCUUCCUCUCUUACUGCAGCCUCCAUGGAGCCAAGGGAGGAGGAGUCACCUCUGUACGCAUGGAGCUCCUGUUCCUUCUGCAGGAGAGCCAACAGGAGAUCACAGUGAAGCAGCUGCAGUCCCCCCUCCCUCUGCCAACCACCUUGCCUCUCCUCUCGGCCUGCGUUGCCCCCACCAAAACGGUCAUAGCCAAUCCUGUGCUUCAUCUCAGCAACCACAUUCACGAUAUCCUGCACACCAUCACCCUCAUGGAGGCUCCGCCGCAUCCAGAUGUCACAGAUGACCGAGUAAAUGCCCUGCACACACUGGCAGCAUCGCUGUCUGCUUGCAUCUAUCAGGCACUGUGUGACAGCCAUAGUUACAGCAGCCAGACAGAGGCCAACCAGUUUACUGGAAUGGUGUACCAGGGCUUGUUGCUCAGUGAGAGGAAACGACUCCGCACAGAAAGCAUAGAGGAACAUAUCACUCCCAACUCGGCUCCUGCUCAUUGGCCAGGUGUGUCGUCCCUGAUUUCUCUGUUGACGUCUGCCAGGGAGGAGGACCAGCCGAGACUCAACGUGCUGCUGUGCGAGGCAGUCAUGGCUGUUUAUCUAGCCUUGCUCAUCCAUGGCUUGGGCACUCACAACAGCAACGAACUCUUCCGCCUUGCCGCACAUCCUCUCAACAACCGCAUGUGGGCCGCUGUCUUUGGAGGAGGAGCCAAAGUCAUCCUUAAGCCAAAGAGGCCUGAUGCCCCACCAGUGCCAGCUGAUUUUGAGGCAGCCAGGCCAGAGGAGUCUCAGGAGUCACGCAGACCUGAGCAGGGCAGCCUCACCCAAACCCCCAAACCCAUUGCCUAUGAAACCCAGUGUCCCAAACAGUGCCCUCCUCUCGUUUCAAGGGGAGGUGGGCCAGGCACUGUGGCACAAGCAACUAAGACCAGCUCAACAGUUGGGGCAAUCAAGGAAGGUGCACAAGCCCGAGCUGAACCCCCACUGGCUAAUUCUGAGGCUAAGGCUACACCAGUGGUGCCCCCUCAGCCCGCAGCUGAGGAUGGGGACCGAUACAGGCGCAGAUUUAAUAUGAGGAUGCUGGUGCCUGGACGUCCUGUGAAAGAGACGCCAGCCGCCCCACCGCCGCUUCCCACAGAGAGACCCACUUACAGGGAGAAAUUCAUUCCUCCAGAGCUGAGCAUGUGGGACUAUUUUGUGGCCAAACCCUUCCUGCCGUUGUCAGACAGCAAUGCUUUGUGCGACUCGGAUGAAAGUGGAGCAGAGGAUGACGAAGAUGAUGAUGACGCCUUCCUUUCGGAUACGCAGAUGACUGAGCACUCUGAGCCCAACUCCUACAGCUGGGCUCUGAUCCGCUUGGUCAUGGUGAAACUGUUUCACCACAGCAUUAAGAACUUCCUCCCUAUCACUGGCCUUGACUUUGCAGACUUGCCAGUCACUUCGCCUUUCACAAACGCUGUAUUGAAGACUCUCCAAAACUGGGAACAUAUUUUAUUGGAGACGAUGAAUAAAUUUGAUGGUCCGCCCCCCAACUACAUCAACACUUACCCUACCGACUUAAGCGCUGGAGGCGGUCCUGCCAUACUGCGACACAAGGCCAUGUUGGAGCCAGACAACACACCUUUCAAGACAAAGAAUCACCAGUCUUUUCCAGCCCGACGCCUGUGGCAUUACCUGGUCAAACAGGAAGUUCUUCAGGAGACCUUAAUUCGUUACAUCUUUACCAAGAAAAGGAAGCAGAGCGAGUGUGUAGACAACCAUAUGGACCAUGUAAGGCAAAACUGCAUAGCUGGAGCUAACGGUCUCAACAAGGUGGAGGCAGAUCUCGGCUAUCCAGGAGGCAAGGCAAAAAUCAUUCACAAAGAGUCGGACAUAAUAAUGGCCUUUGCGAUCAAUAAGGCUAACUCUAAUGAAAUAGUGUUGGCCUCCACCCAUGAUGUCCAGGAAGUGGAUGUGUCUACACUAGUGGCUGUUCAACCCUACACCUGGAUUGGAGAGGACUUUGAUAAGGAGUCACGCAGCUCUGAUGACAUCGACUGCCGAUCAUCUCACACGAACAUUGCCCAGGCCAGCUCUGGUCCUUUUGCGCCGCCACAGUUGCCCGUCUCUGCAUCCAUGCCGUGGCUGGGCAGUGGGCAAACCAGCAUGGGAGCCAGCGUGAUCAUGAAGAGGAAUCUUAAUAAUGUCAAGAGAAUGACGUCCCACCCCAUAUAUCAAUAUUACAUGACAGGGGCCCAGGAUGGCAGUGUGAGGAUGUUUGAAUGGAACAGACCUCAGCAGCUCAUCUGCUUCAGACAAGCGGGCAACGCUCGAGUCACCCGACUCUAUUUCAACUCCCAGGGCAACAAGUGCGGAGUCGCUGACGGAGAGGGAUUUCUCAGUCUGUGGCAAGUCAAUCAGACGUCCUCCAACCCUAAACCCUACCUGAGUUGGCAGUGCCAUACAAAGACUUGUGGAGAUUUUGCUUUCAUCACAUCAUCCAGCCUCAUCGCCACAGCCGGACAGUCCAACGAUAACAGAAAUGUGUGCCUGUGGGACACCCUAAUUUCACCCAGCAAUAGCAUGGUUCAUGCCUUCCCAUGCCAUGAGAACGGGGCCACUGUGCUGCAGUACGCUCCUAAACAGCAGCUGCUGAUCACUGGAGGCAGAAAGGGCUUCGUGUGCGUGUUCGACAUCCGCCAGAGGCAGCUGCUCCACACUUUCCAAGCGCAUGACUCCACCAUCAAGGCGCUGGCACUGGACGCCUUCGAGGACUUCUUUGUCACCGGCUCUGCCGAGGGCAACAUGAAGGUGUGGAAGCUCGCUGGCCACGGGCUUAUGCACUCAUUUGGCAGCGAGCACGCCAAACAGUCCAUCUUCCGCAACAUCGGCGCCGGCAUCAUGCAGGUGGAAACGCGUCCCGGUAACCGCAUCUUCACUUGCGGGGCAGACGGCACCCUGAAGAUGAGGGUCCUCCCCGACCGCUACAACAUCCCCAGCGGCUUGGUCGACAUCCUGUAAUUUCUUCUUCCACUUUCGAAGCUCCAAAGAGGAACUAAAAAGGAAAAAAAAAAAAAAAUCAAAAAUGCCUUUGUAACACUCGUGAGGCAUUAAUAGAGUAAUAGAACGAGCUGGUCAAAAGAUUGCCGUACAGUCUGCAUCUUUGGCAGUGUUCCUAAGUUCCCCUCUGAGUGACAAACGGAGCUGCAAAUACGUGUUUUCCCAAAGGCUAAAAGCAAAGGUUUCAAGCAUAAGGUAACAUAAACUUGAUUUUAAAGCUAGAUUUAUUGUCAUUUUAUUAAAGAAUCGCUACUCUUUAGAGCGUGUCCAUAGGGAAGCUAUGCAUGUCCUGUUCUCGUUCCGCGGUGCAAUCACAGGUCUAUUGAUAGUGCUCUGUAAAAGUAAUCUGGCAAAACUUUAAAAACAAAAAACAAAAAGUGUGUAACUGUCGUCAUUUUGUGCCCACAGCUCAACUCUCUUAGCAUCUACUGUAACCAGGACUGUGGUUUGUUAUUAAGUCAGUGGUAUCCGAAGUGUGAAUCAAUUUGUUGGACUUUUAAUUUCAUUUUUUUUCCCCCCCACUCCUCCCUCCUUUCUGCCUGGCUUUUUCUCAGCCGUUAUGGAAGAGUUGAUGCUGCAUUGAGUGUGUGUGUGUGUGUGUGUGUGCUCGCCCACCUGCCCUCAAAUGCCUGUUUGCGCGGCAGCCUCACUGCUAGAACAUUCCUGUCGGGAAGAUGAUGCGUUUUGCUCUCGUGACUGUGAUUUCAGUGUUUCCAUCCGUCUGCUCCCCCUCCCCAUCAAUCACCCACAGCGGAAACACAAAGGUUCACUUCUGGUUUUUGCACAAGUUGAUGUUUUGUUUUAAUAAUUGAAUUUUAUUUAUUGUUGAUGUUUGUUUUGUGGACAAUUCCUGUGUUUAACUUAAUGCCUUUUAUUUUAGGAAUGUAAGGGGUUUUAAUGUAUCUGACUUGAUUGGGAGACGUGCAACACAGGCUAUUGUAUGCAAGUGUGUGUUACCUCGUUUGUUUUUACUGUUCAUUCAUAAAGAAUAGAUAUCUGCACUCAAAUUAUGGGGACGCUAAAAGGAUUUAUUUCAGAUAAAUAGGUUAUUGAAGAAGAAACUGAUAAAUACUAAUGAAUGUCUGGCUUUAUUUGCCGAGUAGUCAAAUGUUUGAAAUAGUUUUAAUAUAUAAAUGAUAUAUGAAAUAUCCCAGCAGCUUGUACAAACAUGAAAGCAUUUCUUUAUUUUUUUGAUUUGUAUCAUACCGGCUGAAUUAGUUGUAACUUUUGUUAGGUGUACAUCAGGUAUUUAUUCAACAUAUUUUGUGUUUCUCUCCCCUCUUUCCGCCCACUAUGUGUAUUGUAUGUGUUCUACCAGUUGCACUACUGGUGUCUGGUGUGUGUAUACAUGUGUGUGUGUGUGUGUGUGUGUGUGUGCGUGUGUGUGUGUGCAUGCAUGCACGGCAACACAAACUAGUAUCAUGGGCAGGUGCUCGCAAAAGGCACUGACGCCAGACAGAAAGGUACAGGUCAUGGUGUAAGAUUUACCUUUGUAAAGUGAAUAAAUUAUUUUUAUUUCAUCCA